AUGAGAUCCUUUGUUUCGGAAAUGGAGCAUCUUCAACAAAAGAUGUUUUCCUCAAAGUUAACUACGAAUGUCCUGAGCGAGUUCAAUGAUAGAUACCAAAAGGUGAGGGAUGAAAAUAUAGUCCAUAUUCAAAAGAUGAAUAACAACACCACAAAUGCAGAACUCAACAGAAGAGCCUCGAAUCGAUUCUCUAAGGCUCACAGAUCACGGUUUGAUCGAAUGGAUUCAAUAGCAUCACAUUAUGCAACCAUACGAACCAAGCAGCAGGAACAGAAGAAGACGGAAAUGCAAGAUCAAAGUCAGCAACAAAGGCAUAAGCAGAAGCAGCAGUCAAAGCCUAGUCCUGGCCAACUAAAAAGGUAUGCUCCAUCCAGUAUAAAUAGAAUGCUUAUCGAGAAAGAUGUGAGUUAUCCAAGUAUGAAAGGUACCACACCGGGAGAAAAAAGAUCAGGGCUGCAAGCUAUCAGUAGUGCAUCCAAAAGACAGAAGAUGUUUGAUGGAGACUUUGUGGAAAUCGUUGAGAGUCCCACUAAAGAACAGGCUGAAAAAGAACGUAUCAAGAAAGUUCAUAUUCUGCAAUUGAAAAGAUCCGAAGCCAAAAUGUUAACCGCAUCCAAUACUCUCAGUAACGAGUCAAUUCCGCAGUUACACUUCAGUGACACUCAUGUCAACGAAAAUCAGUUGUUUCAGAGGUUUGACUGUUCACCCGUCGGUUUUUCUUCCAGUACUCCACAAAGAUCGGUGCAUGCGUCAACACCGAAGGACGCUCGCAGAACAAAGCCGACACCGCCGAUAUCCAAGAAACACAGGAUACCUUCGUACCUACUUCCGACCAAAGCUUCAUUACAGAAGAUACGCUUCAACAAGGACUUAUCCCGAGAAGAUGAAGAAAAGGAAAUCCGCCCUGCUUCAAGAAAAUCAACACUCCCUUCGUGUUCCGGAAUAUCCCCAUCAAGAGCAUGUUCUAACUUGCAUUCACUUCUUCACAAUACCAGAAGCACAAAAAUUCCAUCCUCUCAAACUUAUAAGGAUUCAGCUGGUCUGUCCUCGUCUCCAUCGUUAUUAUUUCCUCCUCACAACAUGCCGAAAUCGAGGACAUCAUCCAAUAUACCCAGACUAGCACAGCCUAAGAUCUCGACAAUACAUAGAAGUCCUACUUCUGCUUCGUUAUCAAAGCAUCGCUGGAAGUGUUGA